AUGAAAUUCUACUUGGCUCAACAAAUCGAAUGUCAAAAUUUCUGGAUUUCUUACCACAAACAUGUGGUGCUUAAAAACUCAAAUAUUUUGCACCAAGAUUAUCAAUUCAUUAAAAAUGGUCAAAUUACUGAGAAUUAUGGUGAGUUUUAAGCCUAAGCCCAAAAAAUAGCCCUAAAGUCCAAAAGUCCUAGAGAAUUUCGUGUGGAAAAUAACACUUGUCCUCGAGAACUACAAAACUUGAUAUGAAAAAACGUAUAAUUUUUUUGCAGACCAAGCCAGCUCAUGGUUACUAAAUCCUGGCGAUGCAAAAAUCAGAGAAAGUUUUUUUGGAAUUCCGUAA